AUGAGAGAUCUCACACGCAUUCGGGAGCAGACUUUUAAGGAGUCUACUAUAAUAUCAGCUUUCCGGAAAGCUGGUAUUUGGCCUAUAAGCUGUAAUACAGCCCUCACAAAACUACGCACCUACUCACAGCCUACGCCUAUGCCUACUACCCUACCAAUCCGGGUUUCUACCCCUAAACCCUCAACUUUUCGGGAGGUAGAGGAGGGGCUACAGCACUGGAAAAACCGGGUUCCAGAGGGCUUUAGUAGCCCCUCAAAAGAGAGCUACCGAAAUUGGCUUACCGGAACGGAAGAGGUCGUAGUAGCUGGCCAAAUCCAAGAGCUUGACCUAACAGCUGGAAUUGAGGCCCGGAAGGCAGAGCGCCUCCGGAAAAAGAGGGUAAAAGCUCUUCUUCGAGCUGGCAACCUAAUUCCUCCCGAGGAUGAGGACCCAAUUCUAGACCCAGAAGCUGCUGAGAGUGAGAGCGGGAGUGAGAGUGAGAGCGGGAGCGAGCGUGGGAGUGGGAGUGGUAGCCAAGUAAUAAUUUAUUACAAUGAUUAA